AUGGCCAAAGUCCGCCGGAACAGCGCCAUCACCGCGGCCGUCUGCUACUUCAUCGCCAUCAUCUUCCUCAUCCUCGUCAUCAUCGGCAACACCUCCAUCAAGCCCGUUCUGACGGACAUUUACUUCUUCAAACUCGAUGUCUCCGACAUCAUCCCGCUCUCCUCGGCCAACGCCGUCCUCCUCAACUCCGUAGCCCGCAGCCUGGGACUCCACGACUUUUACCAAGUCGGUCUCUGGAACUUUUGCGAAGGCUACAACGAUGAGGGCGUCACCUUCUGCUCAACCCCCCAGCGCAUGUGGUGGUUCAACCCCAUCGAGAUCCUCACCAACGAGCUCCUCGCCGGCGCCACCAUCGCCCUCCCCUCCGAGGUCAGCACCAUCCUCAACAUCCUCCGCAUCGGCCAGCAGGUCAUGUUCGGCCUCUUCAUCUCCGGCAUCUCCCUCGCCGCCGCCCUCCUCAUCGUCACCCCGCUCGUCAUGCGCUCGCGCUGGUGGAGCCUGCCCGUCGCCAUCUUCGCCGGCAUCGCGGGCCUCCUCGUCACCGUCGCCUCCAUCAUCGGCACCGUCAUGAGCGUCGGCGCUAAGAUCGCCCUCACCCAGCAGUCCGAGCUCAACAUCAACGCCGUCCUCGGCGUGCGCAUGUUCGUCUUCAUGUGGCUCGCCAGCGCCCUCGUCGACCUCGCCGCCAUCCUCCACAUGGCCAUGGGCUGCUGCUGCUCGCCUAGGAAAGAGAGGGAGGCUGCCGCCGCCGCUGCUGCUGCCGGCGGGGCGGGCACUACGCCGGAGAAGACGACCAACACGACUGAGAGCGGCGAGAAGCCGUCGAGGCUGCCGGCUUUUAUGAGAAAGCGCAGCCCGAGGUCGUCGACGUCGUAG